AUGCAUCUCUGCUUAAUUCCAUCACAUGAUGACUCCUGGAGCCCUUCAUUUAAUCGGAGAGCAGAGCAGCAGAGAAACUUUAUUCACUUCUCGGCAGAGCCUGAAGGAGUUACUGCGUGGAGGAACUGGGCGCACUCCACUCCUCUGCACGGGCUGAGCGGCCGCACGCUCUCUCACACCAUGAGCACGGUUUGGCACCACCUCGGACUCCUGCUGCUGGCUCAAGCUCUGCUGGCUCUGGGCACUGCUGCCAUACGGUUCCAAGAUGUGCUGAGCCAGGAACAAACUUCUGCAGCCACAUCCUAUAGGAAGAUACAAGGCUGGUCCAGUGAUCAAAAUGAAUGGAAUGAAAACCUUUAUCCUUUCUGGAAAGAAGGAGAUCCCAGGUGGAAGGACUGCUGGAAAGGAGGAAGGGUGAGAGCCAAGCUGGUCACUGACAGCCCAGCACUGGUAGGAUCCAACGUGACUUUCGUAGUGACUCUCCAGUUUCCCAAGUGCCAGAGAGAAGAUAACGAUGGCAACAUAAUAUAUGAGAGAAACUGUACCCAGGAUCCUCCAGCCCUGCAGGAUCAGUAUGUCUACAACUGGACGAAGUGGAUCGACAACUGUGGCUGGGGAAACUGUACAGGCAACCAUAGCCAUAAUGUAUUCCCAGAUGGGAGACCUUUCCCUCACCAUGCUGACUGGAGGAGGAGGAACUUUGUCUACCUGUUUCAUACAUUUGGUCAGUACUACGAAAAAAAAGGCCGCUUUUCAACAAUAAUUUCACUCAACACAGCAAAUAUCACUCUUGGCAAACACGUGAUGGAGGUUUCCAUUUACAGGAGAGGRCACUCAACUUAUGUUCCAAUUGCAAGAGCAAGUAGCAUUUAUGUUGUAACAGACAAAAUUCCGUUAUUUGUGAACAUGUCCCAGAAAAAUGACCGCAACAUCUCAGACUCUAUCUUUAUCAAAGACUCACCAAUCACAUUCGACGUGAAGAUCCACGACCCCAGCCACUAUCUUAACAAUUCCGUCAUCUCCUACAAGUGGGACUUUGGAGAUGGAAGCGGCUUAUUUGUAGCAAGCGGCUCCAUUACACCUCACACUUACACUCUACAAGGAAACUUCACUCUGAAUUUAACUGUCCAGGCUAUCAUACCUGUACCUUGCAAGCCAGUAACACCCACUGCAGCACUGCCCACCUCAGCAGACUCCUCCUUUGCUGUCGAGACAACGGAAGACAAUCCGGAUGAAGGCUGCCAUAUUUACAGAUAUGGAUAUUACAGAACUGAUAUCUCUGUUGUAGAGGGAAUCCUUGAGGUAAAUAUCAUCCAGAUGACAAACAUCCAGAUGACAGAAAGUCAAGCUGAAAACCCYCUCGUUGACUUUGUUGUUACCUGCCAAGGGAGUCUUCCCACAGAUGUGUGCACAGUAGUUUCCGACCCCACGUGCCGGGUGUCUCGGAGCGUGGUGUGCGACCCCAUCGUCACUGACAAAUGCCACCUCACCGUACGGAGGGCUUUCGACGAGCCUGGCACGUACUGUGUAAACAUCACCUUGGGAGACGACACAAGUCAAGCCCUCGCAAGCGCGCUCAUAUCUGUGAACGGAGGACCGUCCUCAAGAACAACAGAAGGUGUCUUCAUCUUCCUUGGUCUGCUGGCGGUAUUUGUUGUCAUUGUGGCUGUUGUCCUUUACAAGAGAUACAAACAAUACAAACCUAUCGAGAGAAGCCCAGGACAAGCAGAGAACCAGGAGGGACACAGCACUUAUUUCAGCCAUUUCAAAACCAUUUUCUUCUCCAAGAGYAAUGAGAAAGAUCCCCUGCUGAAAAGCAAGCCAGGCAUUGUUUAAAUCUUUAGUUGAACACUGACUACUAGAUUAGGUACAGGACUCACAUCUGUACUUUUUUAUUCUUAUAAAAACAAGGGGCUAAGGUGAAAACAUAUAGAUUUGUUUUAUAUCUUCUGGGGGCUUGGUGCAAUAGAAAUUUUCAUAAAAUAGUCUUUCUUAGGAAAGACUGAGGUAGCUUUGAGUGCCUGUUGAGUGCCUUGCUUGUGAUAUAGGAUACCCUCUACUGUAUAAAUGAAUCUUAUCUGUUYUCUCACUUUGCUUAUUACUUGCAAAAUUAAUCAGAUUGUUAAUCCAGAGGAAAAAAAGAAUAGGGWUUUGUUGUUGUUGUUGCUUUUUAAUUUGUAGAUAACAAAUCUUAAGUACAUAGUACAGUGCAGUUGUUUACCACAUCUCACUGUAAUCCAGACCACAGACACCCAAAUAACAGACUAACAAGGUCCACCUGCGGGGCUCUGCUGGGCUGAAACUUCUAGUCCUUGUCCCACGUAAAAUUCCUGGAUGUGACUGCUGGUGGUGGCUUUGCUUCCUGCCGUUUCCACUGCCCUGGAGACACUGGAUUGGCACCACCACUCCUCACAGGGAAAAUGUGUCUUUUGAGAACAAAAACAGGAGAGCCUCUUACUUGUGCAGGGGAAGAGCUUUAUUUAUACCUACAUACAACUGUUCAUCCCAUUAUCUAAACAUAACUGGGUGUCUAAAACAAUUAUCUGACUUAAACAUAAAACACAUUUCCCUGCAGAAAUUAUUACCUGCAUUUUAUAGCCUAAGUUAGCGGGCAGGCUGAGGAUGAGAGGGACUGUAUUUUGUAUAAUACUGAUGAUAGGAGGGCAGUGUAAAUGUUGUGGUGCAGGAAUUUAGUCAAAAGCUUAAGAAGACUUUUAAUGGAGCAUGAGAAWAAAAGUAGAUCUACUGCAGCGGUAAUGCUUAGGAUUCGUGAUGAUGCAGGCUAUCACUAAGCUGUACACAGAAAGCRGCUUCUUUCAGCACGAACACUGACAUCUCAGGCUAUUGCAGAGAAAUUACCUUUCAUCCAUAUUUACAUUCAUAAUUGUUUUUCUCAUCCUAAGAAUGCAGAAUA